AUGGGUGACGAAAGAGUAAAAAUGCGAAAACAACUGGGGUUGUUGGAAGGGGUUGCGAUUAUUCUUGGCAUAAUUUUUGGCAGUGGUAUCUUUAUAUCACCUAAAGAAGUGCUGGAGAAAACAGGAUCAGUAUGGGGUGCGUUAUCAGUGUGGGCUGCGUGUGGAGUACUGGCCACUCUUGGCGCCAUGUCUUAUGCAGAGUUAGGUACAACGCUUGCUCAGAGUGGAGGUGAUUACCAUUACAUCAAUGAAGCAUUUGGACCAUUACCGGCUUUUCUUUACCUUUGGGAUGCCAACUUAGUGUUUGUACCGAGCACUAAUGCAAUCAUGUCGUUAACAUUCGCUAAUAAUCUUUUAGAACCGAUCUUUCCAAAUUGUCCAAUAGACCCAUUAAGUCGAAAGCUUAUCGCUGCAACUACAAUUUGUUUCCUUACAUUCAUAAACGCUUAUGACGUGAAGUUCACGACACGCGUUCAGAACGUUUUCAUGUUUACCAAGAUCUCGGCACUAGUCAUUAUAAUUGUCGGUGGCAUUGUUUGGAUGGCAGGAGGAGGAGUUGAACACUUUGAGAAUGGUUGGGAAGGUACAAAAACAUCUGUCAGUGAUUGGUCAGUUGCAUUUUAUUCAGGAAUCUUCUCUUAUUCAGGAUGGAAUUACUUAAACUUUAUGACAGAGGAACUCCGGGAUCCAUUUGUAAAUCUUCCCCGUGCUAUCUAUAUAUCACUACCGCUAGUCACAGCUAUAUACCUCUUAGCUAAUGUAUCGUAUCUUGCUGUAUUGGGGCCUACGGGGGUACGAGCCACUGAAGCUAUUGCUGUGGAUUUUGCAGUGUCUGCUUUGGGUGUACUGAAAUGGGCAAUGCCUACAUUAGUAGCGAUUGCUAUAUUAGGUGGUCUGUCCGUGCACAUCAUGACUUCAUCCCGCAUGUGUUUUGCUGGGGCCAGGAACGGUCACAUGCCUGAACUAUUAGCUCAUAUAAAUGUAAAGUGCAUGUCGCCUUUACCUUCACUCGUGUUCCUAAUGCUGAUCUCCUUAGUAAUGUUGAUCCCGAACAACUUGACCUCCCUCAUCACGUACUGCACAGUUGUGGAGUCAUUCUUCACAUUACUAAGUUGCAGUGCAGUUCUCUGGUUAAGAUACAAGAAGCCACAUCUUGUUAGACCAAUUAAGGUUUCUCUCUGGAUGCCCAUAGUGUUUGUGACGGUGUGUGUGGUGCUACUUAUUGUGCCCAUAGUCAGUGAACCAGUAGCUGUGGUUGCCGGAGCACUUAUGACCCUCGCUGGAGUUCCUGUCUUCUACCUCUUUGUGAAGAACGAGGCUAAAGUGGUCAAAGUUGUGUCAACUAAAUGCACUCAUUUUUGUCAAAAACUAUUCCUCUCGGCGGUUGAAGAUAAAGAAGAAUAAUGGUUUAAAAGAAGUGAGUAAACAUACACUCCAAGCUCAAGUAAAACAAUUUUUUUUACCAGAUGUCACAUUCAAAUAUUAGGAAGUGAGUUGUGGCUGAAACAUCAUUAUACAUAUUUCUUGAGAAAUAAUUAAUUAGGUUUAUUUAUUUUUUAUUUGAAAUAAAUUUAA